UUUUCUGUGAAAUAAACAUGACUCGCUCGUGCAUUGCCCACUCCUCCAUCGUUGUCCAAAAAAUCCAAAUGUAAAAUUAUCACCAUAAAAAACGGGCCUCCCCCCCCAACAACAAAUAUCAAUCCCAAUAAACCGUCAAUUCCGCGACUUCAACGUGUCUCCUGAGUGUUAAAACAACAAGUGCAUUAAUUAAAUUUAACCGCAUAUGUGACAUGUCCAUCAGAUUCUAACCAGCACUAAUGACAUUAUGAAAAAAAAACCGUGGAAUACUUUCACCGUGAACAAACACGAGUAUUAAUUCUGUGAUAAGGCCCCAGUCCCCGAUUAAUAAAAGUCUAAUUAUACUCGGAUUUAUCACUGGGGCUCGUGUUCCAUCAAUUGUUUCAAUAGUUAAUAAUGAAUUUUCUCUGAAACUUGAAGAAUACAUAGCAAUAUGGUAGCAGCUGGAGCGACAGCUCUGAUGGCUGCUGGUGACAGCGGGGCAUCCAAAACAGCUGAUAAUGGGGGACAGGAGGGACAGUUGAGUGGUGAGGGCGAGAGAAGGAGAACUUCAGCUUUUGCAACAAGGAGGAAGGACAGCUCAAUCACACCAAAUAAGACUGCAUCCAUUCGAGAAACCAAGACCUCUAGACUCCGAGCUGCUUCAAUAGUUUCUCCAACUGCAGAUGCUUCGACAGUCGUCAGAAGAUCUGGACUUCCGGAGACGUCACGCAGUUCCCCCCACACAUCGAGCAGCAACUUAUCAACAACUCAGAAAAAUCCACGAGUCUCUGGAAUACCGCAGAUAUUUUUGCGCGAACGAGAGAGACAUCGACACUUACCUAACAGAGGGGCAGAUGUCCAUGAAAAAUUGAUGGACUCAACUGCUGGAGAGAGGAUUCCCUCGCGACGUCCUAAAAAGCCCUCGAAGCUCUCACCCCCGCCGAAAUCCUCUCGCACCCCCUCGCGUCCCUCCUCGAUCCCCUCGCUGAAAACCUCCCCUUACACGUCGACGGAGGUUUUGCAACGAGUGGACGCCCUGACAGCGCUGACUCGCGCCACGAUGGAGCGAGUGGAGAGACUGGCGUCGUCCUCUCCCUCGAGCGUUCCAGUACCAAUAAAAUCCCCAAGAAUUCCCAAACCGAAAGCCUCCCUCGAGGACUCCAAGUCCCCGCAGGUUGUCCACCCCUUACCCCCGAUCUCAAUCCUAAAACACAAGUCCUCGGAUCCCUCCGAGACCGAAGCCGUCACACCACUGCCAACAGUAGCCUUCGCCCUGUCAACGGAGAAAACGAGAAAAAAACACGGAAUCCUGAAGAAAAGAUGUAGCCUCGACGAGAAUGAGAUCCUGCGUCGAUCCAGUGCAUCACCAGACUCGAUCCUCAUCCCCGCUGACUCCCCAGAGGGUGAUUACCGCCCGAUUCUCAAAUACGAGAGACGUUCCUCCCUGGAUGAAUUAGUGAAACACCCGAAGACCGAUCAGACACCUCCCUCGAUCCUGAAGAACCGCUGGUCCCGCUCCAACGACGAGGAAGAUUCAGAGCCUCAGGGAAUCCUGAAGAAACAUCCCCAAAGCAUUGUUGACGCUGUUGCCAAGAGUCUGGGGGUCACCUGGACGGAACUCGAGUCAGAUAAAAAAUCCGAGGUUCGUCCAAUCCUGAAGAAAAAAUUCUCUCACGACGAGUCAUCGUCCUCUGACCCACCGUCCCUGGAGCCACGUCCGAUUCUCAAGAAAAAAUCCAGCACCGACUCUGACGAGCACGAGCCCAGAAAGACAAUCCUGAAAUACAGAAAGAACUCAGAGGAUUCAAGCAACGAAUGCGAGACAGUUCCGAAUUCCCCGAGGAAAUUAUCAGUCCUGAAACAGCACUCACUCCAGAGGAGAACGAACAGUCUCCCGGAGUGCGAUGCCCUGACGGUUAAACCGAUUCUCAAGAACUCACGGUCGCGCUCAGUCCAGGGCCCACCACCUGAGGAGGUGUUCCUGAGGAAAAGAGCGGGAUCUGUGGGACACGAGGACGGGAAGUGGCCAGACGGCUGGAGGAGGGAAGGAUGUGGCAAGGAUAAUGAAAAAAGUGAUAAAGAGAGUGAUUCAGUGGUGACAUUCGAGUUGCCAGGGAUUAGACUGGGAUUUUGCUCGGAGGAGGCAGCUGGCAGGAGACUUGACGAUCUAUCAGCCAAAAUCAGGAGGGACAAGAGGGUCUCCAGGAGAUUCAGGGAUCGGAGAGAGAUGCAGAAUCUCACGAUGAGGAGGGAAUCCCCUGGGAGGGGUGGGAAUAUCGAGGAGACCAAGACUGUUGUUGUAGAGUUCCAAGGAGUAGAUGACCUGGACCUGGGGAGGAUAAAGGAUAUGAAGGAGAUGAAGGAGAGGGAUGGAAGGGAUGGAGAGAGAUUCUGCACUCAACCUGUCACCUGCCAGGAGGUGAGGGAAGCCAAGGGUAUGGUGGACUGCCCUCAGGGAAAUGCGGGCGAUCAUGGAGAUGAGGAUGAUGAGGGAGAUGAGGGAGAUGAGGGAGAUGAGGGAGAUGGGAGAGAUGAGGGGUGUCGAGAACCUGGUGAUCCGUCUAAACUGAGUUUAGCUCAGCGCGUGGCCUUGUUCAAUCGCAGAAUUGCCACUCAGAGUGAGGAGAGAGCUGGGUGGGUAGAGAGGCAGAGAAGGACUGUCAGUCGUUUUAGAACACAGCCUGUUACAUCGGAGGAGGUCGAGGACGCCGCCAGACACGUUCCAAAUCCACUAGUCACUGGACAGCCUAGAACUGAACGACUAAUCAAUGUUAAAAACCACGAUACACCAAAAAGUAUCCUAAAAUCAUCAAGUUCCUAUACCGUAUGCAACCGUUCGUCCUCGACAAAAUUGGACUUAAGAUCGGAUUUAUCCCAGGAGGGGCCAGAGAGAUCUGGGAUUGUCCCGGAGACGUACAGUGACAGCAUGAAGAGAUACAUGGGAUGUACAGUGCCUUCUUAUGACUACACUGAUAAUAAAGUUGAUAAAAAUUGUGGAUACAAUGGAAGAACAAUAGCGAGAGUUAUUUGUGAUAAACAAUCACGUGGUAAAUUUGAGAGGGAUUCAGUGGAUAGGAGCUCGAAGGUAAUAAGCAAUACUCAGAGUUUGGAUUUUACUGGUGUCAGUAUUGCUGAUCGUUUGGCAGCCUUGAAACGCAGUGGAUCGACUGAUUGGAAGCGUCGAGUUAUUUCUGAAUCGCUCCCACCUUCCAUUGUCGAGAGACCAUUGGAUAAUGAUAAGGACGGACUAAAGACUGAUAUCAGCCAGAGGGAAAAAGAGGAAUUGAUGAUUACUCAGAAAAAAUUGGCGGAUCGCCUAGAGAAGUUGGAAUCGGCUGCCGAGGGAUGGAGAAAACGUGUGGCCACUGCCGAUGCUGUCAAGUUCUCCGUCGCGGGGAAGAUGAAAUUUGAUCAGGUCGACAUCGUCAAGCAAAAUUCCAAGGUAGUAUUUGAAUCAAUGGGGAACUGCAGCAGUGGAGAGCGGAGAAAGAAAACUCCACACAAGAAGGACGACACGAGAAGAGAUGUUGUGGAUGAGGAGAGCAAGGACGUGACUACGAGGAAGACGUCGAGCACAGUCGCCUACAAUAAUGGAGAGGUUCAUGAGACAUCAAUCCAACACAUUCCAAAUCCAGCGGAUGAGACCUUCACAUCGUUCUUCUCGAACAUCUCCUUCGAGAGAUCCCAGGAAGAGACUCUCGCCAUCGCCGAGUUGGACUUUGACCUGAUAACACCAUCAGAGAAACUUUGCUCGAGACGCAUGAUUCAGGUGCAACGUAGGAAGGUGUCAACUCAUCACAAUCCCCUGAAAACACUGGCAGCGAGGACAGACUUGAAAUCGGAGUACACAGACGUUAAAACAGGUGUUGCUGAGCGUCUGAUGAAGCUGAAGAACCUGGAGAAAAUCGGUAAGAACUCGUCUUUAGCUGUGGAAGCCCUGGCAGGUCUGGCCUCCACCGAGAGCUUCACAUCAGUCUCCCUGAAGUCGACAGACGACACGUCCUCGGGCUUCACGAAAUUCCACCCAAAGGACCACGUCUUCCUCAUCCUCAUAAAAGGCAGGAGACACGUUCAAGUGAGACUCGUCGAGCCAUCGAUUUCGAGCCUCAAUUCAGGGGACAAUUUCAUCCUGGUCACAAAAAUCGAGAUCUUCCACUUCAUCGGAAAAUACAGCAAUGUGAUAGAGAAGUCGAGGGCAACAGAGAUCGCCCUGAGCAUCCAGCAGACCAAGGAUUUAGGCUGCAAGGCAUCCAGAGUCAUCACCCUAGACGAACAGAAGAAUUCCUUCUCCUCUCAGGAUUUCGAGAUCUUCUGGAGACUCUUGGGGCACUCGUCACCCACUCCCCCGGAUGUGGCAGAUGCUGGUCACCCCGAUGAAGACGAGCAGUACGAAUCAGCCCUCAUCGACACAAACGUCGUGUACGAGGUCUCCAACAAUCAGCUGAUCCCUCUGGAUAAAUACUGGGGUGCAAUUCCGAAGAUCAAGAUGCUGGAUCCCAGUAAAAUUCUUAUCUUUGAUUUUGGCAGUGAGUUGUACAUCUGGAAUGGCAAGUGUGCACCAGGUGACAGCAGGAGGUCCUCCCUGAGGCUCGCGGAGAGCCUCUGGAGUGAGGGCUACGAUUAUUCGGACUGUGCCAUUUCCCCUGUGGACGCAGCUCAGGUAAUUGCAGGGAGAAAAAAACCAGACGAUGAGAAAAAGGGGAGUGAGAGGCCUGAGUGGUGCCUCUCAGCGAAACUCACGCAGCACAUGGAGACGAUUCUCUUCCGAGAGAAAUUCCUGGACUGGCCGAAUUCGUAUGGAAUAAUCAAGUGUAAGAGACCUGAGGAAAAAGAUCGUGACAGAGUCGAUGGAAAAAUUGUAAUCGAUCCUCCAGAUGUAUCCGCCAUGACGAGUCAUCAGAAUCCACCGGUGGAUCUUGUCCUCGAGGGGUGUCACCUGGGGCGAGGCACUGGAUGGUUUGACGAUGAGUUCAAUCGACAGUACCUGGUGACCACCACUGAUGUCACAGUCUGGCAUAUCGAGGAGCACUCGUACUCGAGGGUCGAGGAGGAGUCUGCAGGACAAUUCUUCAGUGGUGACAGUUAUAUCAUCAGGUGGAUGUAUCUCAUCACUGUGACUGGGAGAGAACUCUCAGGAUUGCCCUCGAAGCAUGCAGUCGAGGGAAGGGACAGAUGCGCCUAUUUUAUCUGGCAGGGGAAAAAUGCAUCUUUGAAUAAACAGGGGACAGCUGCACUUUUGACUGUUGAGUUGGAUAAGGAGGAAGGGCCUCAGGUGAGAAUUGUCGAGGGCUUUGAACCCCCGGCAUUUCUCAAUCUCUUCAGGGGUGGAAUGGUGAUACACUCGGGGAAGAUGUCCGAGAGGGAAGAGAAGGAAAAAUCGAAGGAGGUGAUCAAGGCAUUUUUCUGCAGAGGAGGCAGAGAGGGAGAGACGUCUCUUCUCCAGGUGCCUUUUUCCUCGAGACAGCUCAGGACGAGGGGCUCCCUCCUCUUCGUGAACAGUCGACGUGGAAUAGUGUACGUCUGGUACGGGAAGAACUGCCUCCUACGCGGUAAAAGAAAUGCAUUUCAUGCUGCUGAGAUGCUGAGGGUGAGGAAACCCGUGGAGAUGGGGCUGAAGGAAAAGCCUGAGGUGAUAAUCGUGGAGAUCGACGAGGGUGAGGAGCCAGAGGAUUUAUUUGGGGAGGGAAUGCACAGGAAAUUAUAUGGAACCAUCAGUAGAAUGAUUUCCAGGCAUACUCCGAGGAUGUUUCAUUUCUCAAGUGUCUCUGGGGAGUUCAGGGUGGUGGAGGUAUUCUGUCCUCAGAGGGACGAGGAGCAUACGGCUUUUCCGUUUCUUCAGGAGGAGCUGUACCAGGCGAGUCAGCCAGCACUUUUUCUGCUGGACAAUGGGGAGGAGCUGUGGCUGUGGCAGGGCUGGUGGCCCAACACUGGGGAUGAGGAUCAGACUGGCAGUGGAGCUGUCAGGUGGCAGGCUGAGAGGAGAGCUGCUAUGGGGGCUGCUGUUGAGUACUGGGCCCUGGGGCAUGGAAAAAAGGGAGCUAUUUACCUGGUCUGGGCUGGCCUGGAACCACUAGAAUUUAUUAAUCUCUUUCCUACGUGGGGGAAUAGGGAUGAAAUCGCUGAGCUCAAUAUGAGGGAUGGUAGAACACCUGGGGAAAUGCUGUCACUGGAGAAUGAGUUGACUCGACUCACUCAAAGUACUUAUCCACCUGCUCAAUUACUACAACGACCCUUGCCUGAGGGAGUCGAUCCUACUAGUUUAGAAAUUUAUUUGUCUGCCCAGCAUUUUCAGGAACUACUGGGGAUGAACCUGGAGGACUUCCAAAAGCUCCCGUCCUGGAAGCAAAUAGAUAUAAAAAAGAAAAUAGGACUUUUCUGACAGCCGUUUGUCCUCAGCCUCAAGAGACUUUGUAAAUUAUUCUUGAAGUAUUUCUAGUAACUGAACUGUCUUCAAAAAUUCAAAUCACCAAUCGCCUAACAGUCUUCUAAUCAAAGUACCAUUUUUCAAGCUGGCAAAAGGCUACUAAAGUAUUAAUCCGAAUCUGCAGUAUAGUUUAUAUAUUUUGAAUACAGUAAAAGAGACUAAUGGAAACAAAAAAUGAAAACAAAAAAAGGAAAAAAUUGGCUUGUGAAUAUCUUACUUAUAUUUGUACGGGUUUUAUAUUUAUCAAUACAUGUGUGUUUUAAAAUUGUUUACCUCGAUAA